AAAAAAUAAAAUAAAUAAAAACUGAGUUUAUUUGUAAAUAAAAUGUUUGUUGUUUUUAUUUGUUUUCAUCAGGUUUGGUUUCCAAUCAGUAAAAAUCAAACGGGGGGUCUGCAGGGGUCUCUGGGCUCAGUCUCUGCUGUUUGGACCUUUAACGUGUGUCGGUCCGGACCACCUCAUUCAGCUGCAGCAGGUCUGAGGGCGGUCCAACAAUGGACCCUCAGAACCAGAGAUAAGCUCUGUUGUUCAGAGUGAGGCAGAGGGCGGCACUGACUGACACAGACCCUGCAGGUCCAAAGAAUGUCUGGAGCCGGGCCAGAACCACGAGCUCAACGCCCCGCAGGACGCCUCAGGGCGGGCUCAGAUGGGCCGGGCCUCAGCCUGAAGGGGCUGCAGAGCUGGGUGUCGGCACUGUGGGCUCUGGACCGGUGCUGAACAGGCUCACCAGAACCGAACCUCUACCAUGGCUACAGCGAGCACCUCGGGGCAGAGCGGCUUCGGGCUCAGCAGGAAGAAGAAGAACCCGGGUCAGAACCCGGGUCUGAUGGGUCACAUCAGCCAGAUGUUUGGAGCAGACAAGAAGAAGAGGAGCAGGGGCUCGUUCCGGGGUCCCCACGCCGCCUCGCCCCAGCAGGCCACGGCCCGCCGCCGGCCCACUGAGAACGCCGUGCUGCACUUCUUCAGGAGCAUCGUCUCCUCCCCUCCUCCUAAAUCAACGUGGAGAGAAGUUCUGGGUUUGGCCUCGUCUCGUCCGGACAGCACCAAGUCGCCGGUCCGGAGGCGCAGGGAACAGAGCACCCUGUCCAGAAUCUUCAACCUGGGAGAAGCCAAGUCCCGCCCGCCCCCCAAACGCUGGAGCACCAUCUUCUGAGCUGCCCACCGAGGACCAGAACUCAGACCCGACGGGACCAGAACCAGGAGAAGACCCGGACCUGCAGGAAUCACCACCUCAUGAGACCUUAACCCACUAACAGAACCAGAACCAGAACCAGAGAACCUUUGUAGAAGAACAGGUUUUAUUAAUCCUCAGAUUGACCCUCCUGCUGACCCGGUUUGACCCGGUUUGACCCGGUUACAGGAGGGUUAAAGGUGCAGUUGUGUGUCUGGCGGUGCUGAUGUCUGUUUUUGUGUUUUUGUAGUUUGUGUGAAAAUAAAACUCGUUUGUUUUUGUUUUUUAACUCUUACCUGUAAAAAGUUCUAACCUCUGAGUGGUUCUGACCCGUUCUGUUGUGUUCUGACCCGUUUGUCUCUGUGUUUCGUCGUGUUGUUUGGAGGAUGAGCAGGAAGUGAAAGGUGGGAGCGGGGAGGUGGGGGCGGGAGAACAGAACCGGCUGACGGCAUGUUGGACCCGUGGUUCUGCUGGGAGGUUCUGGGAGGUUCUGACCCAGUCUGUCCUGUUGAUGUGAUGUAAGUGAAAACUGCAGCAGGAAAUAAACCUCUUCAAAUCCA